UUUCUGGUGACGCCGGGUGCUGCCAUUGGUGGAGAUUGCGGUAGUGUGUGUGUCUGUGUUCCCGGCGGCUUCUCCCGAGAUCCGGCGAGUGCAGUGACAGAGCAAAGAGCAAGAUGGCGGCGCCGGGAGGGGAGAUUCAGGCCAGCCUCAAUGGCUCUGUCGGGACUGAAGCAGCCAUCGCUCCUGACCAACAGAAUGCACCGCAGCAGCCGCCACCCCCCAACGCAUGGCAGGUGAUUAAAGGGGUCCUCUUCAGGAUCUUUAUCAUAUGGGCCAUCAGCAGCUGGUUCCGCAGAGGCUCCGCUCCCCAGGACCAAACCACAUCUGCUGGGAUUCCACGACCCCCCAGCCGCAACCUUUUCCCUAAAGAGACAUUAAUGGACCUCUAUGUGUUCCUUUCAGAGAAGGAACAUUUCACAGAUUUUAACACCUCUACUGCCCUGUUCUGGGAGCAGCGAGAUCUGGUGUAUGGGGACUGGAGCAGCGGUGAAAAUGGAGAUGGCUGCUAUGAACACUACUCCGAAAUCAAUAUUCCAGAGGCAGUCCAGAACAACGGCUCCUUCUACAUCCAUGUAUACCUGACUAAGAGUGGCUUCCACCCAGAUCCCACCCGGAAGAGUGUACAUCGGCGGCUGGCCACAGUCUACACAUCCCGUAUGCUUAAUAAAUUCAAACGCAAACGAUUCCUCAAGACCAAGAACCUCUUGACGGGAGAAACCGAAGUUGAUCCGGAGAUAAUUAAGAGAGCCGAGGAUUUUGGUCCUAUAGAGAUCAUCUCUCACUGGCAUCCAAAUUUGACCAUUAAUAUUGUUGAUGACCACACUCCAUGGGUGCAGGGCAGCGUCCCGCCUCCUCUUGACCAAUAUGUGAAGUUUGAUGCCGCCAGCGGUGAUUACUAUCCUAUAGUGUACUUCAAUGACUACUGGAACCUACAGAAGGACUACAUGCCGGUGAACAUCAGCGUAACCAGCUUGCCCUUACGGCUGACGUUUUGUCCUCUGUCCUUGUGGCGGUGGCAGCUUUAUGCAGCUCAGAGCUCACGUAGCCCCUGGAGCUUCCUUGGAGAAGACUUGUAUGAGCAGUCCGAUGAGGAGCAGGAUUCCAUUAAGGUGGCCCUUAUAGAGACAAACCCCUACCUCCUAGCCCUGACCAUCACAGUGUCCAUCGUACACAGUAUCUUUGAGUUUCUGGCUUUUAAGAAUGAUAUCCAGUUCUGGAACAGCCGUCAGUCUCUGGAGGGUCUUUCUGUCCGGUCUGUCAUCUUCGGUGUAUUUCAGUCCCUUGUGGUCUUGCUUUAUAUCCUGGACAACGAAACCAACUUUGUGGUGCAGGUCAGCGUGGGCAUUGGUUUGCUGAUUGAUUUCUGGAAGAUUACUAAAGUCAUGGAUGUCAAGUUGGACAGAGAGAAUAAAGUGGCUGGUAUCUUCCCCAGAGUGACCGUGAAGGAUAAGUCCACGUAUGUAGAGUCGGCCACAAAGGUGUAUGACGAUAUGGCGUUCCGAUACCUGUCCUGGCUCCUCUUCCCAUUGCUGGGAUGCUAUGCAGUAUACAGCUUGCUGUACAUGGAGCACAAGAGCUGGUAUUCCUGGGUACUGAGCAUGUUAUAUGGCUUCCUACUCACAUUUGGAUUUAUCACGAUGACUCCUCAGCUGUUCAUUAACUAUAAAAUGAAGUCAGUUGCCCACCUCCCAUGGAGGAUGUUGACCUACAAAGCCCUGAACACCUUCAUCGAUGACCUGUUUGCUUUUGUCAUCAAGAUGCCCAUGAUGUAUAGGAUCGGGUGUCUGCGAGAUGAUGUGGUCUUCUUCAUCUACUUGUAUCAGCGCUGGAUUUAUAGAGUGGACCCCAAGCGGAUGAAUGAAUUUGGAACCAGUGGGGAGACUCCCGCUCCUCUCCCUGUUCAGGAUCAGCCAGCACUCACUUACCCCGACCCUGAGGACACAUCCCCACCAAAACCAGCAGAAGACAAAAAGAAAGACUGAUUAUUUUAUUUUUCUUGUUCCCAUUCUACAUGAACUGUUAAACCCCCACAGGGGGGGUAAAUCAGCUGCUGUUUUAUAUAUAAAUCCCCUCUGUCCCCCUGACCCCCUUUGUUGAGACGGCGCCCCCCCCCCCCCCCCCCCCCAUCUGUUAAUAUGUAUAUGGGACUGGUGAAGUUUGUCUUUCUCUGCCCGCCCUUUCAGUCAUCCCGUCCGUCUUUCUGUCCGGUCUGUUCUCUCUCUCGCCCCUCGGUCUCUCCCACUCAAGCUCCUUCCUCUCUUCUAGAAUUCCAUUGUGCUGUGUCUUUCCUUCUGCCUCUCAGUCAUGACUCCUCCAUGGGAUCAACGUGCUCCAAUUGGGUUUAAUAAAUAUGGCCGCUCUCUAUCCUACUGCAGUUUGUGCGGCAGCGUAGCUCAAGAUGUUUCACGCUUGUUUUACACCAAAGGAGCUAUAGUGGAUGAUAAAGCUGCAGGUUAUGGGGUCAGGGUCCGUCUCUGGCCUGUUAUCUGCCCCCAUGUGGUAUAUUAACUACAUUCGGGGGGUCCUGUUAAAGCUCAAGUCUAAAGAGCAUUUCCCCCAAAAUAAAAGAUCGCCAGACGUCCCACUUUGUGCAAUGAAAAUGUUGCCGUGAUUGAUAGAGAUAUAGUUUUCCUAAAACCCUGAAUGACCAAGUUAUCCGGAUUUAACCCUUGUUUGAGCGGCCAUAUUGGUUGUUACCCCUGCUUUCUAGGGAUUUCCAGCUCUUGGGCUUUUGUAUUUGUAUUUCCUUCUUUUAGGGGAAAUGCUCAUCACCAUUAGAAAUUCAGAUACAUAAUAUACUCGGACAGUAAGGGCGGGCUCACACGUGGCAUAAAAAUACGUGGUGCAUUUUCAGUGCAAAAUUUCACAUGGUAUUGAAGUCUUAAGAUGAAAUUCCACGCUCUGAAUUCACAACAUGUGGAAAAUGCUGGAAAAAGCAUCUCUGCAGCGGG